UGUGUUUUAUCCCAGCCCCGAACCGAAACAUGAAUGUAGCUCACUACUUGGUCACUUUCGCUGUCAUUUGGACUCCGUCAUGUCGAACAAUAGCGCCGCCAACAGCAGUUUAGUCCUCGCCCAGAAGGCAGUGAAACAGCUCCGUCUGGAGGCCAGUGUCCGUCGGAUAAAGGUCUCUCAGGCUGCUGCAGAACUGAAGACCUUCUGUUUGCAAAAUGCCCACAAAGACCCUCUCCUCACUGGGGUGCCCUCCAGCGAUAACCCAUUCAGGCCUCCCAAGUCAUGUGUCCUCCUCUGACGUGGCUUUGAAGGAGUGCAAAACACUCAAACAGAUUCCUAAUAAUGUGGAUUUCUGUCAUGUGCCUGCUGCCUCGGAAGAUAAAGAAGCCAAGAAACACACACACACACACACACACACACACACACACACACACACACACACACACACACACACACACACACACACACACACACACAGGAAUGAGGCGGACAACUUUCAGCUGAAAACUUGAGUAAAUGUAUAUUUUGAUGAUAUGCUCUUUCAGGAGGUCUAUACUAUGUUAGAUUUACACAACAGGCCUUUAAUGCUAAUUCUGUUUUGAUAACCAUAUCCGUAACCAUAGUUUUUGACCACUUGUUCACUCCUGAUUUUACAAUAGAACUACACUUUUUUUCACUGGUUGUUAUUGUGGGGCGAAAAAAGAUCCUGGAAUUGAUGACUGAAAAGACCUAUGAAAGACAUUGACAUGGGGUACUUUCCAUAAGAUCAUCUCUCAAUGCAAAUCAAACCAGCUAUUAGG